AUGGAAGAUCCAGUAUCCGAAAUCCCCACGGUAAUCCAACACCUCACGCAAUCACCCCCGGCGCAGCAAGCCCAAACCAUCGACAAGUACUUCACUCCAGAUGCUUCCUUCGUUCAUCCAUUCUGCCGGAUCCAGCAUUUCCGAGGCAGCCGCUGGGUCGUGAAGAAGAUCUACCAAUGGUAUAAAGUGAUGUCGCCGCGCAUUGAGUUGAAGAUUCAUUCUGUUGCAUAUGAUUCGGACAACCAAAAGCUCUACGUGACCAUGUCGCAAAUCUUCACAAUCUGGAUUGUUCCGUUUCAUGUUGCGCCUGUGACGCUUACGACGGUGUUAUCGCUGACUACUAAUCCACAUGGAUACUUAUCUUCUUCCGACUCAUCAACUGCGGCCUCUGAAAAAGCACACGAACCAAAGGAAGAAGAGGAAGCAAGCUACGCCGAUGUCGUGGCCAACGGCAACCCGGAUCAUAAAACGCCCCUAACCGCCCACACUAACGGCCACCGCAAACUCUACUAUAUCACCAAACAAGAGGAUCUAUAUCAAACAUCUGAAUUUAUCAAGUUUGUCCUUCCGCAUAUCGGGCACUGGAUUGUGUUGGCGAUACAUGCGUUCGCGACGGUGUUCUGUGUGCUGGGGGCUUUUCUGUGGUGGCCGUUUGUGUGGAUGGAGGAGCAGGGCUGGAUUCCCGGGUUGGUGUUGAGGGGUGGAAAUAUUGCUUAUGAUAUUCGGUGGAAGAAAAGGGCUAUCGGGGCUGGGUCUGGGCCGUCUUCUUAG